AUAGCUACGUUCGAACGCCUUCUUCUUUACUUUUUGCGGGCGCACCCAAAUUGACGCGUCCCAGGCGGACCUUUAGUCAGGCGCACGAGGUCAUCGGAACCCAAAACCACUCAAGAACUCGUCACGUGACAUGUGGGGCCUACACCGGGCCCGUUACUAGGUGAUGGACGCCCGGUCACGGGUCAUCAGAAGAGGGGAAACAGACCGCGAUGGCGUCGUACGGAGCGUCGUCGUCGUCGGCGGCGGCGGAGAAUCCAUGGACACCGCCCUAUUGCUCGGUGGUGGCCGUAGACACGUCCGCCUUCUGCUACCGUGUCUGCUCCAUCUGCGAGCGGACCCUCUCCGAUACCGCCUCCAACUGCCCCGUCUGCAGCCGUCGGAUCCCCAACGCCGGCUCGAAGCACGUCUACCGCCUCCUCGUAUCGGUUGGCACGGUGGACAGGGUGAUGGUGGUGGUGUGCUUCGACAGGGUGGCGAGGGUGCUUAUGGGGUGCUCCGCGGACGACUGGACGGACUUCCUGGGGGCGCAUCCGUCGGCAAGGGAGAAGGUCGGGGAGCUGCUUCAGGGGGAGAUGCUGAGGAUGACGCUGAGCCGGUCGAGGAAGGGCAAUGCGGAGCACCUGCGGGUGGCGUCGGUGGUGCCGCUCCGCGCCGGGUUCCGCCCCGUCAUCGACAGGUUGAGGAGACUGUACGGGGUGGAGGCUGGGGCUCCGUCCAGCGGCCACCGCGGCUGUUGAACAAAACUCACUCUUGUAACUUGCAGUUUAAGCAUCUCAAUCUAAAGUUGUUUGGUGUG